UUUCGUGACACUCAAUUCGCAUCCACAGAUGCAAACGAUUUAUCCCGUACUAUAUCUCGAUUCAAUUCUGUACUGAUUACAUCGCCAAACUGAUAAGAUAGCACCCUUAUCGUGCAACUUUAUUCAGUUCGUUCGUAAUAUUCGCGCGCAGGUGUCUAUUACCUGUCGUGAUUGAUGAAACCUGGAAAAAAAAAACGUGAGAAAAUUACGAAUCUUUUUAUGUACGAUAUUGAUGAGUUUCAAAAAAUUUACAACAUAAAUUAGUAAAUAACGUUGCAUAUAUCAGCGCCUCGAGAUAGAUCUGUGAAUCUUUUGAAAUCAUUAGACUUUAUUAUCCUAUAAUUCGAGCAUUGUAUGCGAGCAUAAUGGAGCUGGCUUUCAAGAGCAACGGCGCAAUGAAACUCGCUAUUGAAAAUAAUUAUGAGAUGAUCCCGAUGAUACGAAAAGUUUUUAUCGCAAAGGAUCUUUUAUCUUUUCAUCUUUCAUCGGAUCUUUCGUCUCACCUUUGAUGAUUGACUUAGAGUAAGCUGGCCUUGAUAUCAAUGAAAGGGAAAAGAUUAAUUAUAUUACAAUUAUAUUUAAAUAAAUAUUACACUAAUUUUUGUUACAAUAAAGCGUUUUCCCAAACGAAACUAAUAUACAUCAAUCAGUAAAGUACGUAUUCAUUCUUUUGUAUCAAGGAUGCUUUAUAAAUCUUUUAGUAAUCUUCUUUUUGUUAUCGAGAAGUACUUGAUAGAAAUAAAAAUGAUUUCUUUAUCACGCGUACUUUUCUCAGUCGAAUUCCAAAGUAAUUCGCGAUACUUUAAUAGAGCACUCUAGAUGUGUGUGUGACCCAUUUUCCUCGAUUCAAGUGUUCAAUAAAUCAACAAUGUUAGAAAUGAGACGCGAUCGGUGAUGAUACGCGACGCGUUAUAAAAAGUACAAUACAAUGGACGUGUUAAUAUUGAAAGUUAUUUGAUUGGCGGCAUUUAUCCAAAUGAAGAACAUUUGUCGUAUUUGUGAAGAGGCAGAGCAGACCGUUGCAUAAAAAUGCAUAAACCAAAGGAGUACAUGUAACAUGUGUACAUAAAUUAUAAAGACUGCGCGAAAACGCAUUGCACUAAUUCUUAUAUAACAACGGUAUAGAAAUCGAGAAACCCUGCUCGAUGCGCGAAUACGUGGUUCCGUCUCAACGUGUAUAUAUACUGCACGCGGUAAAUGGCUCGGUAACUAUGCAAAUUUAAGUGCAGGAAGAUCCAUCCGUUUGUUAAACGCGACGAAGGCCUCGCGUGCGCCGCGUUAACCCACGCGGUUUUUUUUAUUUUAGUGUCGUUAACUAUAUGGACCGCGCAAAACUUCACCUUUUUGAAGACCAGAACUCUGAAGUGAGAAUCAAAUCCGAAAUCAAAUUUCAGGAUUAUUUUCAAAGUUUUCAAACGGUUUCCAUUUCAAGUCAUUUUAAUCAGACGUUUAUACGUACAUACGUUAUAUGAAAUAGUACGAGAACUUAUAAUUCCAAAUCUCAUCCUAAAAUCUUUGUACUUGAGACGUGUAAGAGAACGUGUUACAAAAGUAUUAUUAAAAAUGCAAGAAAUAAAGGAUAAUACAUUUUUGGAGAAGCAACAAGAAGACUUAAUACGUAACCAGCAGGAAGAAGAUCAGGUGAAAGAAAAAUCAAUAGAAGACGACAUACAAGUGAUUAAGGACGUGGAAGAAACUAGGAAAGAUGAGGAACGUGCGAUAUUUUUGCACGAGAAAGGUUUGAAUGAAAAUCUUGUCGAGACAUCGCGUAAUACCAGUCUUACGGAUGAACACGUCAGGUUAGCUGGAGUCAGACAAUCGGAGAUUGAUAAUUAAUUUCAAAUAUUCCUCGUAUCAAUCAGACGUGUAGUUUAUAACAUCAAAAUGUUGUAAAACAACGUUCAUCGUCACAUGCUAUAUCAAUAAAGAAUAAAAAAUAUUAAAAAGAAUCAUGUAUAAAAUAUUAAAUAUAAUAAGCGGCUUAUUUUUCUACCUCUACGUCUUUCAAUUUCUUUGCUUUCUCAGACUUUUAAAAUCUCUAAAUUUAAGUGACGAUGACAUCGACAACUUGCAAGAUUUAUGGCAGGCAAAGAUCGAAGUCGAUAAAAGCAGCACGUCUAUUAAUUCUACGUCUAACACGUCAUCGUCUACGUGUCACGCACACGCGUUAUCGAAUAACAUCUACCUAAAAAAAGUCUUGAGCAAACCUUUGAUCCAAGCUUUGUGUGAAAUUGUAGCGAAAAAACCGACCGAUCCUGUGGGGUAUCUAGGCCAUUGGUUACUUCAUUAUAAAAUUAAUGAGGGACGAGCGGUGCAGCAAAAAGAACGCGAGUCAGAGCUUUCAAUCAAUAUGAAAAAAUUGAAACUGCAAAAAGUUGAAGACAAUGAUCUUUUUAUCGAACGAAAGGACGAAGAGGAACAUGGCGAGGAUCGAACGUAUACUGGUGGUAGUAUACACCCCAUUGAGCUCUGCCCUGCCUGAAUCUAGCGCCAGCCGCCAAUGCACCACCAUCAGGCACCAGGAUGAAUCAAACUCUUGCGUCACGAAUCUCUCGACGGCAGAGCCCAGGUUGUCCCGUCUGAAAAAGUGGCGAGGGUUGAGAAAUAGCCGCACGCGAACCGCACGUGCAACCGCCCAAUUUAAAAGUUGAGCAAAAUUUGACAUUAAAGUGAUCUGACGCCGAGCUAGAGUUUAUAAAGAUUUAUCUUUACCGGAAAGUUUCUUAAAUUUUGCUAGGAGAAUCGAGAGAAAUAAAAACGAUAGGGAAAUUGAAUAACUAUUCCCCUGAUUUAUCACAGCCAGAGGAUGCUAAAGAUCAUGUGCGAAAGAACGAAAGACGAAUAAUAUAGAUGCCGCUGCUUAUUAUCUCACCUCUGUCAAAAUUCUGCAGACAGAUAAGAACGUGGCCAAAUAACUUGAUCGUUUCAAAGAUUAACUCGGUAAUCUGCAGUAACCAGUUUUUGGUAGAUGGUAGAUGCCGAUAAUGUACAUUCGUUGGUUCGUAAUCGGAAGAGAAAUAUGCAGUGGCCAAGGACGAGCUUUUUCGGCUUCUUUUCUUGAUAGAUGACCCGAACCUAGUUCGAUGUGGCCAUGGCAAUUGUAAGGGCGAUCGGCGAAUGGAUACAUACGCAUCGAAAAUGAGGAUGAUCGUGCAGAAAUCGUCCCGCAAUCAGCUAAAAUUUGAAACGCGAGUCAGAGGUCAGAAGAGUCGUACGUGUUAUUAUAAUUAAAAUAUGGCACAAGGCACAAUGCGCCCUU